GAAUCGAUCCCAAAGAGUUGGAGGACUGGAAGUUGAAUCACGGAUCGAUUGUUGGCUUUCCAAACGCUAAGCCCUAUGAGGGAAACCUUAUGUUCGAAAAGUGCGAUAUUCUGGUUCCGGCCGCCGCUGAGAAGGCCAUCAACUCAGAGAAUGCCGACAAACUUCAGUGCAAAAUCAUCGCAGAGGGAGCCAAUGGGCCGACAACACCGGCCGCCGAUAAGAUACUUCUCGGUCGUAAUAUUCUCAUUAUUCCCGAUCUGUAUAUUAAUGCCGGAGGAGUGACGGUCUCAUACUUUGAAUGGCUUAAGAAUCUAAAUCACGUCAGUUAUGGCCGAUUGCUAUUCAAAUACGAACGCGACUCUAACUAUCAUUUAUUGGAGAGCGUUCAAGAAUCGCUUGAGAAGAGAUUCGGCAAAACUGGUGGACGUAUUCCCAUAACUCCCAGCGAAUCGUUUCAGAAGAAGAUUUCGGGCGCUUCCGAGAAGGAUAUCGUCCACUCGGGUCUCGACUAUACUAUGGAACGAUCGGCGCGGCAAAUUAUGAGAACUGCUAUGAAAUACAAUUUGGGUCUCGAUUUACGAACAGCCGCUUAUGUGAACUCAAUCGAGAAGAUAUACAACACGUACAAAGAUGCCGGCCUUACGUUC